CUGCCCAAAAAUAGUCAGAGGAGAAAGCUUGAAUAAUGCUAGUGUGCUUGCCAGUUUGAAGUUUCCGGUCGCCUCCCCUCUUUGCUUCCUUCCUGGAGGUUGGUUCGCCUCUACCAUCCUCAAGAUUUGCCAAGGACGACAAGGAACAGAGACAGGGAAGAGGUUGGUUGGAGCCGGAGGGGGAACACUGGUAUAUAUCGACCAUCGGUUCUUUAUGAUCUGAACGCGCGCCAUCAUCAUCAUCAUCAUCAUCAUCAUAUGAGGCAAAGGUCCCGUUACUCUACGCCGUCGAUAUUGAACCACCCGGGAAAAAUGAGCAUACCAUUCUGUGACUUUAUUAAUACAGAUCAAAGAAGAUUUUUGGAUUCUCAGUGUCUCUUAUCCUCAUCAAUAUGGCUUCUGUAAUGGAGCGCGCUGAUGAGAAUCUCCUUCCGGCAGUUUACAAAGAAGUCAGUGAAGCAUUCAAUGCCGGACCUACUGAGCUUGGAUACCUUACAUUUAUAAGAAACUUUGUGCAGGCAAUAUCAUCUCCAUUGGCAGGCCUACUAGCUCUUCACUAUGAUCGGCCAACAGUUCUCACUAUAGGCACUGCGUGUUGGGCCUUAUCAACGGCUGCUGUUGGAGCCAGUCAGCAUUUUCAGCAAGUUGCAUUAUGGAGAGCGGUGAAUGGUUUUGGCCUUGCAAUCGUUAUCCCCGCACUCCAAUCAUUCAUUGCUGAUAGCUACAUGGAUGGUUCACGCGGUGUGGGGUUUGGACUGUUAAGCCUUGUUGGUGCAAUAGGAGGCAUAGGAGGUGGUAUUUUAGCAACAAUUAUGGCUGAGCAGGAAUAUUGGGGAAUGCCAGGAUGGCGUUUUGCCUUUAUUAUGAUUGCGUCAUUGAGUUUGCUUAUUGGACUUCUCGUCUUCUUGUUCGUUGUUGAUCCUAGAAGAACCUCUUUUAUCUCUUCUGGUGCUCAUGUGGAGACUGAGAGGUCCCAUCUGGUUACCAAAGGGAGUCUACCUCCACCUUCCGUCUGGAGUGAUUCCUGGUUAGCAAUGAGAUCUGUGAUGAGAGUGCAAACAUUUCAGAUCAUUGUCCUGCAGGGGAUAGUCGGAUCCUUGCCAUGGACCGCCAUAGUUUUCUUCACAAUGUGGUUUGAACUGAUUGGUUUUGAUCACAAAAGCUCAGCUGCUCUUAACAGUCUCUUUGCCAUCGGAUGCGCCACUGGAUCACUUCUCGGUGGAAUAAUAGCAGAUCAGAUGUCACGAUACUAUCCAGACUCGGGCCGCAUCAUCUGCGCACAGUUCAGUGCCUUUAUGGGCAUUCCAUUCUCGUGGAUCCUACUAACCGUCAUUCCCCAGUCCGUGAGCAACUGGUACGCGUUUGCCACUACCCUCUUUUUCAUGGGGCUCACUAUCAGCUGGUGUGCCACGUGUGCCAACAACCCAAUGUUUGCUGAGGUGGUCCCCUCAAAGCAUCGCACCAUGAUCUACGCCUUCGACCGAGCUUUUGAGGGUUCGUUCUCCUCAUUUGCGGCUCCUGCCGUGGGAAUGCUAACUGAGAAGAUCUAUGGUUAUGACUCAAAGUUUGUGAGUCUGGUGAAUGGAUCUCCUCAAGGGGCGUUUGCACUCUCGAGGGGUUUAUUGAUCAUGAUGGUCAUUCCUUUUGGUUUGUGUUGCCUUUUCUAUAGUCCUUUGUACUUUGUGUUCAAGCAUGAUCGCGAUAAUGCUAAAAUGGCUAGUCGCAAAGAACAGGAACUAAUAUGACUGCUGCCUGGGCAUGCUUUUUCCAAAUGAUUAAUAACCACUGAACAGUGAACUAAUCUGUGGAACCUUUUCUCUGAACAACCGUUGUCGCGGUAUUUUGUUGUAUCAUUUGUGAAAGAACACAAGAACCACACCUUUUAUUGUGGCUAUUCAAGUAUUUCUUGUUGAUUAGAGAGAUCAUGUAUAGAUAUUUAGGGGAGGAGCAUAUAAUGCUCUUCGAUUUUAUUUUUAGCUGAGAUUAUGUAUCUGCAAAUUUGCAUGAAUUAUGGCGACUGAAUCAUUCCAUGUCUGGUAA